GUGGUCAUUCAAUAUCGCAACCAAUUUGAACAUUAACGUUUGUAUUUUAUCCCUGUUAUAUACAAUGCAUUCUGAAAAAGCGUGUAUAAUACUGCUUUUAGCUGCCUUUACUGUCACUCAAGCGCAAGUCGAAGACACAAGCAAUCAGCCGAAAGAUAAUGCUCGCAUUUUUUUGAGUACUUUCACAGUGAUCCUCUCCACAGUCACAUCGACUGCUACCACUACAUCUGUUACUACUUGCACCACGUCUGCGGGGACAUUGACAACUUGCUCAGCUGGACGUCGUCGCCGUGGUCUCUUGUACGACGAGGAAGAAAACCAAGGUCGUACACGCCGUGGACUUUUCUAUAAUGAUGAUGAUACCGAAACGAAGGACGGUAGCAUUUCUUUCUCUGAAAAUACAGCUAAAAGAUCUGUCGAACUCACGGAAGCUGCUGCCAAAUCCGAAACUACUUUUGAAAAAACAAAUUCAAUCCCCCUAACCAUUCAAUCAGGAUUUAGUUUACCAGAGGGAUUCCCCGCAGGCGCUCCUCGGUUCAAACUGGCCUAUGGCACGACAACAUUGACAACUACAUCAACUUCUCUCUCAACCCGUUCUUUGACGGCUACUUGUGCCAGCACCACAAACUAUUCCACUUGCUCCAACGCUGGUAAAUAGGAUCUAUCCAACCCAAACACUACAGAUUAUAUAAAUUUACUCGAAUGAGGGCAUUAGACCACCCACACAUGAAAAAAUAGGUGUUUCAACAGUGCCGCGAAUCACUAAACAAUAAUAAUAAAAACAAAAGAAAAAUUUCGUGUUAACAUGGCUGUUUUUGAAUAAUUUUCUUUGUCUUAUGUCAAAACUUUAAAUACACACUUAUGCAGUAAAA